GCGAGCAGGACGCGCGCGGCCAUGGAUGCUCCCAGGAGAGGGGGUUCGCGGACGGCGGCGUGGGGCGCCCAGGGGCUGCUGCUGCUGCUGCUGCUCUGCCAAGGCGCGCGCGCCCUGGAGUGCUACAGCUGCGUGCAGAGGGCGGACGACGGGUGCUCCGCGCACAAGAUGAGGACCGUCCGGUGCGGCCCGGGCGUGGACGUGUGCACCGAGGCUGUGGGCGCGGUGGAGACCAUCCACGGGCAGUUCUCCGUGGCCGUGCGGGGCUGCGGCUCCGGGAUCCCGGGCAAGAACGACCGCGGCCUGGACCUGCACGGGCUCCUGGCCUUCAUCCAGCUGCAGCAGUGCAGCGAGGACCGCUGCAACGCCAAGCUCAACCUCACGUCGCGGGGCCUCAACCCUGCAGGCAACCAGAGCGCCAGCACGCCCAACGGCGCCGAGUGCUACAGCUGCCUGGGGCUGAGCCGCGAGCAGUGCCGCGGCACCGCGCCGCCCGUGGUGAGCUGCUACAACGCCAGCGGCCGCGUCUACCGGGGCUGUUUCGACGGCAACGUCACCCUGACGGCAGCCAACGUGACCGUGUCCUUGCCCGUCCGAGGCUGCGUCCAGGAUGAGGCCUGCACCCGGGACGGCGUGACAGGCCCCGGGUUCACCCUCAGCGGCUCGUGCUGCCAGGGGCCGCGCUGCAACUCCGACCUCCGCAACAAGACCUAUUUCUCCUCUCGGAUCCCACCCCUGGUCCUGCUGCCGCCGCCCAGCACGGCAGCCCCGGCCGCCGGGGCGCAGGCCUCCUCCCACGCGACCUCCACAGAGGCCACGGCCGCCUCCACGGCCGCCACCAGGCCCGGCGCCACGGCCGCCUCCACGGCCGCCUCCACGCCGGGCCACGCUUCUGCCCGGGCGGAGGAGGAGCCGCGGCCGGCCGCGGGCGCCGCCGGCCACCAGGACCGCAGCAACGCGGGGAGGCCCCCCGCGAAGGCCGGGCCCCCGGCGGCCGGCGCGGCCCCGGGCCCCGGCGUGUCGGCCCUCCUGCUGACUGUGGUCGCGGGCGCGCUGCUGUGAGCGCCGGGAUGCUGGCUCCGGGGCCUGGCCCGCUGGCCCUGGCGCCGGCCCCUCCCCGGCCGCGGCACGGGUUCGCAGCCUGGAAACGUUGUAAAUAGCUGGGGUGGCCCGGCCCGCGCCCCCCCCCCCCGACGAUGACCUGGACUCGGGCGAGCGCCGCGGGCUGGAGGGGGCCUGGGGUGCAGGCCGGGCGGCCCACGGUGGGGCCCGGCUCCUUAGGACAGGGAGCCCUGGCGCCGAGGCCUCCCCGCGCCUCUCCGUGGUUUCUGUCAGGCACGGGAAGGCGGCAAUAAAGAUUUCGUAACUUUGUA